UUCAAAUUCUCAACAACAAUAUGAUUUUAAACCUUAUCUUUAUUAUUAUCUUUAGUUUAAUAUAUAAUAAUAUAUCACAGGUGGACCAACCAUGUCAGCUUCAUUGAGACUGGUGCACAUGUUCUUCGUAUUUUUAGGAUGAUGUUGGAUCAGAUGCUCCCAGAUCAGUUUAUAUGGAUGCCAUAUGAUAUGGAUGAUCCGGAGUAUCAGGCUGUAGGUGGUGAUUCAGAUAUCAUAUGUUCAGGUAUAUGGGUAUCGAGAGUCCCCCUGAUAUGCUACGCAAUUGUGGAGAUGCAUCGACCAGACAGAGUAGUACGUCAGUUCGGGAUGGUACAACUCAUACCCGAACCUCCUGAAAAUACUGAGACGGAUUUCCGGAUGCACGUCAAUGCUAACCGUACAGGUGCUACCAACCGAGACUGGAGUCUUACACAUGUUUCGCAUGUUACCGCUUGGGAUAAUAUGCUCAAUUAUAUUAUUGAUUAUCCAUAUGCCAGUGACAGUCAGACUACAGAAGAUGGUUAUUUUGAGUGGUAUGAACUGCACACACGUCGUUUCAUAUCACCGAUUACCCCAUCUGAUCGUACAGGAUUUCAGGUUGGAGGUCAGAUUUCAAUGGAUACAGUGAUUCAGCAUCUUCGAUCGUUGAUUGUUUCUGUUGAUGGCGGAGACAUGCCCCGGGAUGGCUAUCGUUCGUAUUUACCGACUCUCAGAACAUGUCUUAAUGUCUUAGAGUCUCGACACGGACCUUCAGAUAGGCCUCAAUCUGAGAUGCCUUAUACUCAGACUCACCCUCAGACUCAGACUCAGAUACCACAGUCUCAAAUGCCUCAGUCACAGACUCAGAUGUACGCUGGCGAGGCAGGAACUUCUUCUCGUGCAUAUUAUCCGGCAUUCGAUAAUUAUACAGAUCCUAGAUCACACGGGCAUCCAUCUGGUAUGUUUAGUACCUUUGAUUUUAUUUUUAAUACUAUCUAUAACUUUCAUUUGGGGUCUACGCAUCAGUUUUCGUCUUCGCGACCGGUAGAUCAUCAGAUCACACCUAUUCCUUAUUCUCAAUCCGCAAAUUCUUCGAGUGAUGAGGAUGAACAAGUUGGUAGAGGGCACAGGACUAGAAGGCCCCCGAGAUGUGGCACCGGAGGUCACCGUCAUUGGUGA